CCAAUGGAUACCAACCAUAACCAGAAAGCUCACCGUCGGUCGGUGCUCAGUCAACCUUCGGACGUCGUCGCGUUUGCAGCCAGCUCGGUUUCUUUCGUUGUUAAACACAGCCAGCCAGCAACUCAACAGCAGAGCAGAGGCAAAAUCGCAAUAACACUAUUACUGGCUGAUAGUUUCACUUUAGGCCAAGGUCUUCGGCUAGUCGACUGGACCCGCGGUGGUAAACGCCUUUUGUUGCUUGUCAGCUUCGUUCGAUACAAAUUCGUUCUUUAGAUCAUUUUGCUAAUUUGAAGAAAGCUUUCUAGCAGAAAUCUGUGUCUCGAAAUUCGUUACAUUCGUCAGUGUUUUCGAGUGUCCUGAUAAGCGAAGAUUCCGGCGGGAGGUCGUACUGUAGUCGUCAAAUCAGCAUCCAGUGUUUGGAAGAUUCGGUCACUUAUCAGCUGCUCAAAGCUUAGCGUCUUUUCGUGCAUCGGUUUUUUGUUUUGUGUUCUAGUGAGCGAGAGCAAACGAAAAUAACAACCAACAAGAUGAGCAGCGGCGGAGUCGACGAGAUUCUCAGCUUUAAGCGCAAUCCCGAGGAGGAUUUCUACGCGAUGCUCAACUGUGAUGAAAACUCAACGGUUGAGCAAAUCCAGGCUGAAUACAAGGUGCUUGCAUUACAACACCACCCGGACAAGAAUGCAGGAGAUAAAGAGGCUGAGGCUAUGUUCCAGAAGCUGAAGGACGCCAAGGAGAUCCUGUGCGAUCCGGAGAGGCGUGCCAACUAUGACAAGUGGCGCAGCAGUGGCAUCCAGAUAAGCUACAAAAACUGGGUCGGCAUGAAGGAGCACGUCCAGCAGAGCAUGCACUGGGCCACACCCAAGACAAAGGAUCGCAUGCUACCGGAAACGGCCGGCGCUGGAAGCGGUUUGAGUGCCGCCCAGCCAAAUCCGGCUCACCGUCGAGCUUCGGAGGGUGGAGCAGCUUUGUACUACGGUGGCCGGAAGGGUGAAUGGGGUCAGGAGAAUCCAAGCGAGGUGGUCAACAAGUUCCGCAACUAUGAGAUCUAAAUUUGUUGAGAUGGAGGAAGGUUUGUUUUAUGUUUUGUUUUUAGGUUAUUAAUUACAUUCAAGGAAUUUGCUAUGGGGUUUGAGUCUUUUCUAGUCGGUGCUUCCACCAACCAAUAAGAUCGUUUGUGCUCCUUUUUACCGCGGUUUUGAAGCACUGACUCUGAAGAAACUUGAACCCAGUGCUAGUUUUCAAAUAAUUAUAAUUCAUUGUACACGCAAAACUUAAUUAUACAUUUUAAUACACAAAUUAAAGCAUUUUAAAUGGUUAUCACCCUUUUGACCAGUUUGAGAACAGAUGUCUUUAUGAAUUUGUUUAAAUUAAAAUAUAUUGACGGAUAGAGGAUCAUCUCAGUCAACACAAUAUUCACAAUAAUAGCCAUUGUUCUAAUGUGUGUAUCUUUCUCCAAAUCCCCAUACAAAUGAUUGUUGUUUGAAAAGAAAACUAUUGUGUAAUGUUAUUUAUGGUAUAUUUAAUCGACAAAAAGAAAAGAAAAACAAAUAAGUGGUGUUGACAUUGAAAAAAAAAACUGUGUUGAUUAUUAUAUGUGUGAGGAAUCAGCAAACAUGCUACUUAAUGUAUUGAUAGAUAUUUAAUUAACAAGAAACACAAACACAUCACAGAGUAAUGUAAUUCAUGUAGUCAAUUUAAGUUGACGAAAAAAGAAAAUGAUUCGCGUAGAUGAAAAAGUAAAAACAGAAUAAGAGUAAUAAUUUCCAUAUACGAAAAAAGAUAAAUAAGAAAAUGAUCGCGUAUCUUCCUUCUCAAUGCGGCACGAACGCGAACUAAUCAAAAUAAUAAGAACAUAGAGUUCGUGCCACUGAAAUCAUAUACAAUCUAUAGGAAACAAGUCAGUAUACAUGUGUAGCGUUUACAAGAUUUUGUACUCUGAUGAAUAAAAAACAAAAUGGAAAUCAAACUAGAUAUUCUAUAGUGUUGAAGACUAAUGUUUCCCAAAUCCCUUGAAAUGAUAAGGUGUUUUGACAUUCAAGUCCUAUUUUCACCUCUCAAAGAUGCAACUGAAUGCGGGCUUUAGACAUUUUACAUAUGCAGUGAAUUAAAAAGAAGGCUAGUACCAGGUCAGUCCUACCAAGCAUCAUUAAGACCACGAGGAAAAGUUCUCCAACAUUUAAAAUACCUUCCCGAUUUCCUACGUUUGUUCCUGCCUUAGGGAUGAGUGCAAUAACACUUCAUCAAUGAUGAAUUUAUUCAUAUACAUAAAUCUGGAUCUAUAUUUAUUAUUCGUUCUUCUUAAGAGCAAGCUUCAAGAGAAAUUAUCCUACCUACAGAUAGACUUCAUAUUUUAAUGAGUAGGAGAGGUUUUUCUAUAUGCAUCACAAAAUCAAACAGCAAGAAAGAACUUUGGGAGGAUGUUCCCUCCCCCCGUUAUACCAUUUCAAUAGACAAAAGUUUUAACAAGCCGAGAACAAAACCAUUCUCAUAACUUUUCCAAUACCUACCAACCAAGUUUGCAAAAACACUUCAUCCGAUAGAACGAAGAGCACGCUCAGCAUAGAAGUCAAGUCCAGGCGAUGCUUGCCGGUGGAUAUAUCUUUUAUUAACAUAUCGGAUGAGGCUGUUAUAUCUUGCAGUUAACAUCAGCCCUACAACGCAAACCAUUGAAAAUCCCCACCUUGAAACUCAUGAGAAGUAGCUUUAUUAUAUACUAGACUUGUGUCAGAAAAGACUUUAAACUAUCCAGUCGCAAAACGCCCACCCAGUUUAUAAAGGAUAUAAAGGAAAAUGAAAUAAAUAUCGAUGUGCACCUCUCCAACAUGUCACAAAUAAUGAAAAACGAUUUUAAACAACCUUCGUCGUAAAAAAUGUCUAUGAAUAAUGAAAGCUCAAAAUGCAUUACUAAAGUGCAAAACACAUCUAAGAUAUAGGAAUAAAACCACAAACUGAACAUCCAAAUCUUUUUAGGAUUAAAUGU